AUGAAAGGUAGGGGUAGGAGGGGGUCUAGGGCUGGGUGGGAGGAUGGAAGUGUAGGGAAAGGGGAUGGGGGACAGGGGAGAGAAGGAAAGAGACCAAGAACGAACAGUCAAAAUUCAUCGAACGAAGAAGACAUGGAGAAUUUUAGUUCUGAGGGAGAGAGCAGGGAGGAAGGAACUAGGUUGGUUAUACGGUUUGCUGAGGGAGGUGGGAAAGGGAAAAUGAAUUCGUUUAAGCUGACAAGGGAACUGACAGGGAAGUGCGGAGAGCUGAAGUAUGCGAGGGUUUUGGGAGAUGGCAAUUUGCUUGCGGAAUGUUCAACUGAUGUCCAGGAAGCCUUGGUGAGGAAGUUAACUAAGGUGGGUGAGAGUAGAGUGGUGAGGGUUGUGCGGGUUGGAGUGCAGGGGAGAAGAUGUAAGGGAGUGAUUACUGGGAUUCCUAUGGAGGUAGGGGAUGAGGAGUUGAAGGAGAAGCUAUGUGCUAGGGGCAUGGGAAUUGUCAAUGUUAAAAGAAUGACAAGGGGUCCAGAAAAGAAGACAACUGAGACAGUGUUUGUAGAAUUUGAAGGAGAGGUAAUCCCAGAUAAAGUGUACCUAGAGUACAUUAGCUAUUUUGUGAGGGCAUUUAUACCGAAGCCGAUGAGGUGUUACAAGUGUCAGUCAUUUGGCCACAUUGCAAGAUAUUGUAAGGAGAACAGGAGAUGUGCGAGGUGCACUGGGGACCAUGAGUAUGGGAAAUGUGGGGAGGGUACCAAGCCAAGAUGCUGUAGCUGUGGGGGGGAAACAUAG